AUGCAGUUGAGUGUGGUGCUUGGCCUCUGGAAUGGCAGCUGUGUUGGGCCUUUCUUGGCUGUGUCAAGUCAAGCUCAAUUGAAAGAUGAUGUGCAGGUGGCGCAAUCGACCAGCACAUUGCAUGGCGAGGCGCUUGUGUACUCGACUCUUGCACAUUCUGAGACGGACAAUUGUGCCAGCUUGGAGAACAUCGACCAUUCAGGUAUUCUGCUGGCGGACCCAUUUCAGCGUUGUCUGGAUACGGCAGCAGGAGCACCUUGUAUCCUUGCAAUCCAGGCCAUCAGUGUGACCAUCUUGCAGUCGUUGGCGCAGUCGUGGCAUGCAGAAUGGAGUAUGCAGAAGCUCAAAGUUGGAGGAAGAUGUGUUUCUCGGCUGCUGGUCCGACUCAGAAACCAUAUCAUCUGCCAAUUUUGCAUUCAGUGCUGUACGAUGACAGCCAGCAAUACCAUGCUUCCUGACAAGGGAAUGUCCACCAUUUUCAUGGGGCAACAUACUUGGAACCCUUCACAAUAG